UCACUUUCAUCCCCGUCCGCCCCCCCUCAUCAGCUAGGUUCCUUGCUUCGAGGGGCGCGAGCCUAUCAAUGGCUUUCCGGUCCGUCCUCCACGAUACCAUCCCCAUCAACCGCCCGUUCAACACCGAUCCAAGCUUCCAAGCCACAAACGGCCCCUUGCACUGGGCGGCAUACACGUGGUGGAGAACAACGCCAGUGGAUGACUCUUCCCCUAAGACGUCUCUCUUUUGCCCUAUUCGUUCUCUCUAAAGCUCUUUCAGGAAGAAAAGAAGAAAGUAUCCACGCCAAGAUCUCCCCUUCAUCUCGUCAUUCUCGGCUAGGGACCGGCGCGGCGCCUUGGAGAAAGCACUUGCGUUGCACACGCUGCCUUCCUCCCAGCUCAACUUCGGGCCCCUCAACCCCUCAAGCUCAGCGGCCUCUGCCUGACAGCAAACAGGGGCAACAUUCUGAUGUGCUAAACGAUGUUUUUUGCCAUCCCGCCUCCUUUUUUUGUGGUAAGGGGGCAAACCCAUGGCUCGAGCCGACGGGCUGA